AUGGCGAAUAGGAAACCUCCUGAGAAACAUCUAAAAAAGUAUAAGAAAAUAACUAAGGAGCAAGACCAGAAAAAGGAUGAUAAUAUAGGAACAUCAUUAUUUUACACAUCAACUUAUAGAACAACUAUAAAUAAUAUUGAAGAUUCAUCCCUACAAGAUGAUGAUGAGAGUAUUAUUGAAUCUAUUAAUAUAGGAGAGUCGCAGAUCAAUUCACCAGCAAUACAAAGACAUGGGACAGUUACUCCAAAACAUCUAGAGAUAGCACUAUCACAACUCUUGGAACAAUUAAAAGCUGAGAUCCAAACAAAUUCCAAAGGAAUUAAGGGAGAUAUUAUAGAACUUAGCUCUAGAGUUGAAAAGAUGGAAGAAAAAAAUCGACUCAUCUCUCCAAACAAAUAA